AUGUAUAUAUGCCUAAUUAUUUAUAGUCAUUUGCUGCAUGUAUGGACAACCUUCAAGAUUUUGGAACUUGGAAUUGUAUCACACUCGGUGAUCAUCGGGCUAUCACUAGGUAUUUCGCAGAGCACGUGUACAAUCAAGACUCUGGUUGCUGCCCUCUCCUUCCAGCAGUUCUUUGAGGGUUUUGCACUGGGUGACUGCAUUUCUCAGGCUCAGCUGAAGGAUGUCUCUAUGCUUUUGAUGGCGUUCUUCUUUGCCAUCACAACACCCGCCGGGAUCGCUGCAGGCUCCGCCAUGGCAUCAUUCUACAACCCGUACAGCCCCCGUGCUUUGGUGGUGGAGGGUAUUCUUAAUGCCAUGUCGGCUGGUGUACUGAUCUAUAUGGCACUGGUGGAUCUCAUCGCGGCUGAUUUUCUUGGUCGGAGGAUGAGCAACAACCCUACCAUCUUGCAGGUUGGUGCAUAUGUCUCCCUGUUUCUUGGGGCCAUAGCCAUGGCAUCCCUUGCUAUCUGGACUUAG